AAAAUUAAUAAAAUAAUAUUCAACAAUAUUAUAUAGUAGUCCACGUUCAACGGACGCUGCCCAUUCCUAGUUAUAAUUAAAAAGAGGAGGAAGGGGCAGUCAUAGAAACACAUCAUAUCUUGUAGCUAAUAUACUUGCCAUAUGCUUCCACAACCUUCAGGUUUCCGUGAGGCAGAAGAUGCCCAUAAGGAAAAGGAAAUCCUUCUGGAGAAACUCCGAGAGGAGGUUGUAAAGGCAGAGAGUCUUACACUCUACAGUAAACAAGAAGAGCGUGAAGAAGUUGACAAUCGCCGUGAAGCAGAGCGGUCUCGGUCAGCAGGCGAAUACUUUCGGGCGGACCAGCAUGAUCAGAUGGCUGAUCUGGCGCGGUUAUUUAAAGAUAGCGCCCGAAAUGAGUCACUGGAUAAAUUGGAAUUCGUCCAGCGGGCACUGGAGGAGAUGUCAUUCCAUCAACAGGAGGCUGCUGCAGAACCUCAGGAGGAGACACUCCUUCGGGAAGAACUGAAUCGCCUAAGAGCCCUUGCACUGGGCCAAGCUGGUGGACAUGAAUCCCCUACGAGAGGAAAUCCUGCCUUUUUGCAAGAUAAUCAGACCCCAGUUGUUCCAGCUACUGCACAACCCACUGACGAAGAUGAAGAAUUAGCCAUGGCUAUUAGUGCUUCCCUUCGGCCUGUUAUGCAAGAUAAUCAGACCCCAAUUAUUCCAGCUACUGCACAACCAAAUGAAGAAGAUUUAGAAUUAGCCAAGGCUAUUAAUGCUUCCCUUCAGCCUGUUAUGCAAGAUAAUCAGACCCCAACUUUUCCAGCUACUGCACAACCACCUGAAGAAGAUUUAGAGUUAACCAGGGCUAUUAAUGCUUCCCUUCAGCAUGUUAUGCAAGAUAAUCAGACCCCAGUUGUUCCCCCUACUGCACAGCCAGCUGAAGAAGAUUUAGAAUUAGCCAUGGCUAUUAACGCUUCCCUUCAGCCUGCUAUGCAAGAGAGACCAACCCUUGCUGUUGCUGUUGAUGCCCAUUUGACCUCUGAAGCAAGUAGUACAUCAAAUCACACUUGGAGUAGCUCUUCUCAGCCCCUUGCUUCUGGCCCAUCAGCUCCACCAGUUUCGGAUGCUAUUAUAGAAGAUGGUACUCCAAUUCACUAUCCAUCAGUUGAUUCCAGUCCUAUUGAUUUGUUAUCUCCAACAACUAUUGGGAUUGGGAGUAUACAGGCUAGAGCCGGUGAUAAGAAAGAAGAUGAUGGUUGUUUAUCAUCCUGCAUAAUUUGUUUGGAUGCUCCAGUCGAGGGAGCUUGCGUCCCCUGUGGCCACAUGGUUGGGUGCAUGUCUUGUCUAAAUGAGAUUAAAGAUGCAAAAGGGACGUGUCCUGUUUGCCGUGCUAAGAUUCAUCAGGUUUUAAAGGUGUAUACUUUUUGACCACUGAAUCUAAACAUGGGGAAGCUCUACAUGGUAAGUGAAACUCAGAGAGACAAGUUGAAGAGAAUAUUAUCAUUAUUACAUUAGACAUAUAUAUAAUUUCCUUCUUCUGGAAGAUGG